AUGAAUAACAAAGAGUUAAAUAAUUUAAUUGAACACAUUUUAUCAGAACUAAAAAAAUCAAAAUUAUAUACUGAAAAUAUAAUAAAUGAAAAAAAAGACGAAGAUUAUGAAAAGUAUUAUAAUAUACUAACAUCUAUUAAUGAAAAAAUUCAUUUUUAUGAAAAUUUUAAUAUGUUAGAUAAAAAUGAAAUGGAUAAUAUAGAAAAUGAAAAUUCAGGAUCUCAAUAUAAUGAUAUAUGUCAAGAGUAUGAAGAGGGAUAUAGUAAAGAAUUAAACUUUUUUAAUGAUUACAAAAAAAACAAAAAAUUAUUUGAUAUAAAUAGUUUAAAAAAAAAAGUUAUUCUAGGAUAUACAAUUGAAGGGAAUGCAAUAAUUAUAAAUAAUGAAAACUUUCUUAAAUUCUUUAAAAAUUUUGAUAAAAAUAGUUCCAUUAAAUAUCAUAAUAAAGAAAUUGUACAUAAUUCAAGAAACACCAAAGAAAAGAGAAAAAUAAAUGAUAAAGAAAAUAAUGAAAGUAAAGAAAAUGAAGAAUAUGAAGAUUAUUUUAGUGAAAAAUCUUGUUCAAGCUCUAGUGUAAUUUCUCUAAAAACAUUUAUUGAAAAUAAUAAAAAUUUAAGAAUAAAUAAGAAUAGAGAAACCUACAUAAAACAUAAAUAUGAUGAUAAUUCUUAUAUCAAUCACAAAAUAGAUUGUUGUAGUGAUUGUUCUUCGAGUUCUUUUAGUUGGUAUGAUAAAAAAUAUGAUAAUUUAUUCUAUUAUAGCAACUUAUUAAAGGAAGAUAAACAUUUAAAAAAAAACAAUUCCAUUUUUACCGAUACAAUAAAAAAAAAGAAAAAAAAUAUUUCCCCCUUUUACAAUUAUAUUUAUUUUAAGUAUUUAGAAAAAAAUAAAAAGAAAUUAUAUCCAGUUUUCGUAAAUAAUAAAAAUGGUAAAAAAAAGAUAUGGAACUUAAAAAAGACUAAUAAAUAUUAUCAGAAUUAUCAAAGUCAAACAAAUAAAUAUGAAUUGGAUAAUAGUUUUUUUAGUUAUAAAAACUAUAAAUAUCUUUGUUCUACAGAAAACGAAACAAACAAAAAAAAUAUUAAUUUUAAAAAAAUUGAAAAUAUUUCUUUAAAAAAUCAUAAUUUUGAAAAAGAUGAGAUUAACUAUUCAAUAGAUAAAAUAAUUCAUCAACUGGAAAAAAUAUCUAAUUCAGAAAAUAAUCCUAACAGAAAAGUAACCUUUAAUGAUCAUUUUUCUAAUUUCAUUAAGAAAAAUAAAGAUUACCUUAAAAAAGAAAACAAUUUUGCAUUUAAAGAAUUGUGUGAUACAGAUAAAAUAAAAUUAAAAGUAAAAAUAAUAGGAACUAACGGAAAAAUAAUAAAAAAUAAAUGUCUAGAUAAUGUUAUUAUAAAUAAGAGUAAAACUUUUGGAGAUUUAGCAUACAAAUUAGGUCAUUUUUUUAAGCUUCCUAAAGAUAAAAUCGAAAACAUCAAAAUUUUUUUUGAUGGAGAUUUAUGCAAUAAAGAUAUGACUUUUAAUAAUAAUGAAUUAGGGUUAGAAGAUGGUUAUCAAAUAGAUGUGAAAUUCCCAUUAACAGAUGAUACUCCUUGUAUAGCAGAUGAAUCAUCAUUUAGUGACGAUUCUUACAUAAUUUUUUUACCUGAUUCAUAUGUAAUUGAAUAA